AUGAUUGCUAGUACAUUAACACGUAAUUCAGUUAAUCCUCAUCAAUCAUAUUCAACAAUUAAAAAAGAAGUUGCAACACAAACAUAUGGAAUUUAUUAUCCAAGUGCAAAAGAUAUUGAUUUAAUUAUAACACAAAAUAAAAAAUUAUUAAAUGAAAAAGAAUUAAAAGAAUAUCGUCCAAUAUUAACAUCUACAAGUCCAGGAAAAGGAUAUUGGCGACAACAAUUAGAUCAUAUUUGUGCUCAUUUAAAAACUUAUGCAGUUAAUCGACCAGAUUUUCAAUCAUUGAUUGGUAAACCACGUAUGGGUAAUAUGAUUCAUGCAACUGUACAUGAAAAUGAAUAUCAAGUAACUAUACAAACAGUAUUUCAUGAAUAUCCAAGAGAAAAAUCACAACGAACAAAAGUAAAACAUCGUAAUAAAAAAGGACCACGAGGUAAUACAACAUUACAUGAAUGUUGUUUAUUAGGACUUGAUGGUGCUGAACCAUUAAGAAUUCUUCUCAAACAUGGAGGUGAUGCAUCUUGGUUAAAUGAUAAAAAUGAAAGUGUUAUUGAUAUAGCAGCAAAACAAAAUUGUCCAGAAUUAUUACAAGCUUUUUCUAAAUAUCAAAGUGAAAAAAUGCUUAAACAACAUAUGAAAAAUUCUUAUGAUGAUCAUACAAGAAUAAAAACUAUUCAUGAUCAUCAUUCAUCAGAAAAAUUAUAA